AUGGAGCAAGUGUGCGGGGCGCCGUCGUUCAGCCUCGCUGCCUCCGCGCGGGGCAUCGGGAUCAUGGUGUUUGGCAGCCAUGAGGAGCGCGAGCAAGUCGUCGCCAUGUCCCCCGUCAACUUCGAGGACAACACCAUCUCCAUCGAGCGCCAUGAGGAGGCAGGCAACCGCUUCUACGCCUUCUACAAUCACUGGAAGGAGCCCUAUGCCAGGGAAGCGCUUGGAGCAAUCGGUAACGUGUGUUGCAUCAAUCCUGAUUGUUUGCUCCAAGUUGAUUUCACUUCUAUGCGUGCUGUUCUCCGUCUUGAUCAUGAUCGCGAGGUGCCUGAGCAGCUCCUGUCAACACCAGGCACCCCAUAUCCCGCUAACACCUCUGCGCCGGCAGCUUCCAACAAUCACACUGUGUCCACAAUGCUCGCUCUUCCCUGGUAUGGCAUUGGUGGUGUGCCUGCCAUUGAGAAUGAAGAGGUCGAGGAUCCUAACCCCUCUGAUAUCACUCUGGAAGAAGAUGCUGCCACUGCUCUUGCCAGGCUCAACAUGGACGCUCCACCAGCCAUCACUGCUGGUGGAAGCACUGAGGAGGAACACGUCAGCCGGGCUCAGAAGCGGCGUGCCAGGCGCAAGAGGGCCAAGGACAGCGCCCACAAGCUCCGCAGGAGCUCCAGGCUGAUGGCAAAGGAGGAGCCUGGCUAUGAGCCCCCAGAAGAGAAGGCAGCUCGUGUGCAGCAGGCCAAGUUCGACUUCACUGGUGCGUCACGUCGCCUGCGCGAUGCCAUUUCUCGUUCCUAUGUCAUCUCUGAUUCUUACUAUCCUUCUGACGACGACGAUUCUCUAUCUGAAAUUGUAGCUGCCUGCGGCGCGAGCAAGGAGGAGAUCGCUGGCAUCUCUGGUGCGACGGCUUCGCCGUCGACUGGUCCGUGA